AUGCAGAGGCCUCCACCUGAAGAUUUUCUGUUGAAGGAGACCAAACCCCACCUCGGUGGGGGGAAGAUCUCUGGUGAUAAACUUACCAGUACCUAUGAUCUCGUUGAGCAAAUGCAGUACCUUUAUGUGAGGGUUGUGAAGGCCAAGGACUUACCUGCCAAAGAUGUCACUGGGAGUUGUGAUCCAUAUGCUGAAGUCAAGCUUGGGAACUACAAGGGAACUACCAGGCAUUUCGAGAAGAAAACCAAUCCUGAGUGGAACCAGGUUUUUGCGUUCUCAAAGGACCGGCUUCAGGCCUCCGUCCUCGAGGUUACCGUGAAGGAUAAGGAUGUUGUGAAGGAUGACUUCAUCGGACGUGUCUGGUUUGACUUGAAUGAGGUUCCCAAAAGGGUGCCUCCUGAUAGUCCUUUGGCGCCCCAAUGGUAUAGAUUGGAGGAUAGAAAGGGUGACAAGGUGAAGGGAGAGCUGAUGCUGGCUGUUUGGAUGGGUACUCAGGCCGAUGAAGCGUUUCCUGAAGCCUGGCACUCGGAUGCUGCUACAGUUGGUGGAAGUGAUGCUCUUGCCAACAUUAGAUCGAAAGUGUAUCUGUCUCCUAAGCUUUGGUAUUUGAGGGUUAAUGUGAUUGAGGCACAGGACUUACAGCCAACUGAUAAGGGUAGAUACCCUGAGGUUUUUGUGAAGGCUAUUCUGGGGAAUCAGGCCGUGAGGACUAGAAUCUCUCAUAGUAGAAGUAUUAAUCCAAUGUGGAACGAGGAUUUGAUGUUUGUGGCUGCGGAACAGUUUGAGGAGCCGCUGAUCUUGAGUGUGGAGGAUAGGGUUGCCCCUAACAAGGAUGAAGUGUUAGGAAGGUGUGCCAUUCCUCUGCAGUUUGUGGAAAGGAGACUAGACCAUAAACCAGUGAAUACAAGGUGGUUCAAUCUGGAAAGGCAUAUUGUUGUUGAAGGGGAGAAGAAGAAGGAUACCAAAUUUGCAAGCAGGAUUCACAUGAGGAUUUGUCUAGAAGGUGGCUAUCAUGUUUUAGACGAAUCUACUCACUACAGCAGUGAUCUUCGCCCAACAGCGAAACAGCUGUGGAAGUCUGGCAUUGGUGUUCUUGAACUGGGGAUAUUGAAUGCUCAUGGUUUGAUGCCGAUGAAAACGAAAGAUGGGAGAGGGACAACAGAUGCCUAUUGCGUAGCCAAAUAUGGGCAGAAGUGGGUCAGGACCAGGACAAUCAUUGACAGCUUUGCACCAAGGUGGAAUGAGCAAUAUACCUGGGAGGUUUUUGAUCCUUGCACUGUCAUUACAAUUGGUGUAUUUGAUAACUGUCAUCUGCAUGGCGGAGACAAGGCUGGUGGAGCAAAGGAUUCAACGAUCGGAAAGGUAAGGAUUCGUCUUUCCACCCUUGAGACCGAUCGGGUCUAUACACAUUCCUAUCCACUUCUUGUUCUUCAUCCGAAUGGGGUGAAGAAGAUGGGUGAAAUCCACUUGGCUGUGAGGUUCACGUGUUCAUCUUUGCUCAAUAUGAUGCACAUGUAUUCGCAACCCUUGUUGCCAAAGAUGCAUUAUAUACACCCCCUGACUGUUAGCCAGCUUGACAGCCUGAGGCAUCAAGCUACUCAGAUUGUUUCAAUGAGACUGAGUCGUGCUGAGCCACCGCUGAGAAAAGAAGUAGUGGAAUAUAUGCUUGAUGUGGGUUCCCACAUGUGGAGUAUGAGAAGAAGCAAAGCCAACUUCUUUAGGAUUAUGGGGGUUUUGAGUGGCCUAAUUGCUGUAGGAAAAUGGUUUGAUCAGAUUUGCAAUUGGAGAAGUCCAGUCACUACAAUUCUGAUCCAUAUCUUGUUCAUAAUAUUAGUUAUGUAUCCAGAGCUUAUCUUGCCCACAAUUUUCCUUUACCUCUUCUUGAUUGGAAUUUGGUACUAUAGAUGGAGGCCAAGACAACCUCCUCACAUGGACACCCGUCUCUCUCAUGCAGACUCGGCGCAUCCUGAUGAACUUGAUGAAGAGUUUGACACAUUCCCGACCUCCCGGCCAAAUGACAUUGUGAGGAUGAGAUAUGAUCGACUUAGAAGCAUUGGUGGGAGGAUUCAAACUGUGGUUGGGGACUUGGCCACUCAGGGUGAAAGGCUGCAAUCCUUGCUAAGCUGGCGUGAUCCCAGAGCUACAUCACUGUUUGUGCUUUUCUGUCUGGUUGCUGCUAUUGUACUGUAUGUCACUCCAUUUCAAGUUGUGGCCCUCCUGGCAGGAAUUUAUGUGUUGAGACAUCCAAGGUUUCGCCAUAAGCUUCCUUCGGUUCCACUGAAUUUCUUCAGGAGGCUGCCUGCAAGAACUGAUUGCAUGCUUUGA